CUGUAGCGAGCGUUUGGGCGCCUCUGACAGUGCGUCCCGUCCCUCGUGAAUGGGUGCAAGUUCGAAUUCGAAUAUAGUCUCUUCUACGUUGUAGCCGGACUGGUGGAGGGGAGAAUGGCGCGCAUGUCUUAAUCCCUUAAAUUCUCUCUUACUCCGUAUUGUUAUUUCUAAUGAAAACGUGGGUAUUCUCUCAUUAUUGCGAAUAAUAUGUGACGAGCGUAACACCCAACCAGGCACAGAGACCAAGAGCCGGCGUGGGAAAUUUUCGAAAGGUGAAAUAGCAAGCAGUGGCUGCGACGGUUUGCCUUGGCCUCCCAUUAGUUAGUUGAUUGGAUUGGACGUAAUGGCUGGCGUGCUUAUCGAUCUCACCUCCAUGUUACCAGGGUGGGUAACAUUCAUUCAACUAUUUAUCCCCCGAAGCCCUGGAACCGUCCCCGCGAUUGGGCCAGUGGUGGCUUCGACUGUGGUAUCUCGAUCAACUCUGAGGCUCAAAUAGUCCGAUUAGCAUCGUGUUUAAAACGAAAACCUUGUCCCUCCUUAAGAACUCCCAACUCUCUCUCCACCUCUUCUUCGUCCUCUUCUUCUCCUGCGGAAGUCGUUAUUUCCAUCCUCCCUCCCUCUCUUGUACGCACGCUCUACCCCUCUAACGUCGCUGCGGAAUUGAGAGCACAUAAUGAACAACCUCUCCCACCCGCCUUCAAGCCCCAGCAGCGAUUCGACCAGCCUAGAUAGCCAGGGGUGAAAUCUUAAAUGUCAUUAGGCAAAUAACUCCACUCCGUAUCCCCAUUACCCGAGUCAGGCUUUUCGAGUGUGCUGCUUCAUUGCUUGCUGCUUCGUUGCUUUCGUUGCUCCGUUGCUUCCCUCCGUAAUAUGUCUCAAUACGGGGCACAUACACAUGAAAAAUUACACCGCGUGAGACCGGAAAAUUUCAGCACCAUGGCCGGGUCUGCUAACUUAUCCUACCUCUUCAUUCCCACCUCGCCUUUGGCUUACGAUCCCAAACACAAUGCCUACCAGCGGUCCGCUAGCAAUUCUGUCUCUCAAGGAUCCGCAAUGCCCGCGACUUCUUCCUCUUCCGCCUCCUCUUCCAUUGACUACACAACCUACCCGCUCGCCAAGCGCAAUGGCCGCACGUAUCUACGUGACCCGGAUAACCCGUACCCACUUCCCUGCGACCUCGCAGAGAUACAUCGCCAGUCACUGCGCUCGCUGAUUUUGAUGCAUGUUUUCGGCGCACCCUUUUGCACACCCCAUUUUACCGAUCAGCCCCCGAAAAGGGUGUUGGAGCUGGCUUGCGGUUCCGCGUUAUGGUCAAACGCUUGCCAUGACUACUUUGCUCGGAAAGGACACAAAAAUAUUUCCUUCACUGGUCUCGAUAUUGUAAACCUCGCGCCAGACCUUCAGAAACAAGGCAUUAAUUGGCAGUUCAAACGGCACGACCUACACAAGCCUAAAUUACCGUUCCCCGAUGGCUACUUUGAUUUUGUGUUCAUAAAAGAUGCUGGGAUUUGUCCGUCAGGAUCAGAGUUGCAAACGCUUCCGUUAAGUGAACCACUUCGGGUUCUGAAGUCUGGCGGAGUUCUUGAAGUGUGGGAUUCAGAUCUUAUAUUUAGAACGCUUUUGCCAAACCCGCCACUUGCGCCCGGGCUAUCGGGGGAAAAUGCGGAACAGGCUGAGACCACCGGCACAUACACCAUAUUCCCGGCUACCCCAUUUGCAGAUGCUCAGAACAAAUAUUUACGCGAUUACAACUCCUGGGCCCAAAAGGCUUUUGAACGCCGCAAAUUAACGCCCAUGCCAUGCGCCAUGAUUGGCCUUUCCUUCACUUCCGAGUCGGAAUCCUUCAACAGCGUGGACAGUCGUAGGAUAGCAAUUCCUUUGGGGGAAGUUAGAUGGGAGCGAGAGCCGCAGGAUGGCGCAUCCAAUGGCUGGAAACAGCCCAAGGCACUGUCGGCAGAUCAGCUCGCACUGCGCCAGACCGCGCUUUAUACAAUUGUUCAGAUGAUCGAGAGUAUGGAGCCCAUGCUCAUGGAAGCUAGUGGCAAAGGCAGAGACGAAUGGGAUCGAUGGUGGACUGGAAUGACAACGGACCUACUGCAGAAAGGUGGUGUGGCCAGUGGCGAAUGUCUCGAAGUCGGAGCAUGGUGGGGGCAAAAACGAUAACUACGCUUCUCAAAUUUCCCAAUUGAUUGUAUCUAGACGGCGAGAUACUAUAUAUCCUCGAGAAACGACAGAUGACCUUUUCUCACUUUGAGUCGUCCUGAAACCCUUGGCCAGCAUCUUCGUUUUGCCCGUUCUCCCCCCAAUCUCCCCACCACCGGCUCAUUGUUCGAUAGGUAUUUUGGGUGUAUCGUAUCGAUUCUUGAGGGCGCGAUAUCGUCUCAGAUAAUAUCUGCAUUUUGCCCUUGUUAGCUCUCCUCCUUCUCCUUCCUCAUUCCUCCCUGCGCGCCCUCCCAGUUUUCAAUUUUAUUCGCAGAACCUGGGCUUUUGUUUUCACAGCCCCAUCGCAAACCAAUAUACCCAGACCAACAGAUAACAUCGACAGAUGUCGACACGACGAAAUGACAUUUUAACAUGGUGUAUGAACAAUGGAAGCAAGCGGCGCCUAUUCAUGGGAGACUUCUCUUUGCACCACCCCUUUUUGGCAACUUUCUCUUCGUUUUCUCCAACCUCUACUUCAUCUUGGAACAUAUUUUGUCCCCUUUCUUUCAUUUUGACUUCUGGGGUAGUCAUAUCUGUACAUUUCUUUCUGCCUCCUCUUGUUUUUGAUAGUCAUGAUUCGUUGUACAUGAAGCAUUCAUCUCAGUGUAUAAAAUGGGGUAGUCGCAGGGGAAUUAAUUUAAAUGAGUGCUCAUUCUUCAAUUGCCAACCACCGGUUCACAAUUCAAAAUAAAAUAGCAGAAAGAACACACACGAAAGCCACAAGGAAAAGAACUUACAAUGCCUCAAUCUCUAUAAAACCAUCCGGAAUCCGUUGAGGUCGUGGCUCAUCACUGUCAGCGUGCCAUCCUUGAGAAGGAAAUUGCAAGUACAGACUACAACCUCGCCAUCAAGCUUCCAAACUCCUUCCCAGAGGCCGGCCCCCCCACGCCUAAAAAGCAUGAGCGAGCCCCAAGCAUUCCACGACUCAGCAUAUCCCAGCGGAGAGGAGUAAACAUUUUCAAACCCCGGGGUUCUGAUCUUAGUCACACUCCUUCCCGGGGAAUGUAUGCCGCAAGGGUCCAAUAACUCAAUAGAGAACACAGAGCAAAGUGCUCACCUUUCUUGACAAACUCCGCCCUCCGUAUCCCGUCUAUGAUUUUCCCCUCAUCAGUGAUGUGAGCCUGACUCGCGAAAGCGCGGUGUAAGCGUUCGCGGAAGAAUUGGUAGCCGAGAGGGUAUUCACGGCCGAGGAAGAGGAGCUCUGUAUCGCGCCGGAGGAGCGGGUAACAGUCAGCUAAUGAUUAGAUAGUGACUAAUGGUGGGGUGGCAUUGGAGGAACGGGAUUAGGCGACGAAUAUGGUAUGUCGUCUUAAGUGUAAGUUCUGUUUUUAUUUAUGUUUCCUUUUCUCCUCUGCUGGCGUACCUUUGUAGAUCCGGAUGACUUGGUGUCGGAGAUGGGGAGGAGUCAUCGUGAGGGAUAGGGAGGGAAGGCUGGGAGGUAUAUUCCUAGCUCCAAUUGUUAUGAAAUUCUAACCGGGAGGAGUAAGAAAAAAAGAGACGUUUCAUAUAUCUACGUCUCCUCCACCCCAGAAUUGGCAUGAGGAGCUUGAGAGUGUAGGAAGCCCUAGGCUUCCUAGUACGGACUAGCGCGCC